GAAAACUUAUCAAAAUUAUCAUCAGUCAAUUUCCAGUUGUCCAACUAAGAAUACAUUCAAAUUCUUGCAAUGCUUAAAAUUAUUUGCAUUUUCGCUCUCGUUAUCGUGGCCACCUGUGAGGCACAAAAAUGUCGUCCGGUAUGCAGGCCCAGGGUAAGCAGUCCAGCCGUUUGUGCCGCUGAUAAUCACCAGCAAAUGUGCUUCCGCAUGAGCCAAUGUCAGUUGGAUGAGGAGAAUUGUCGUCGACGAGCCGCCAAGCGACCAACCAUUUCCAAUGUCGACCCAAUACGUUGCCGUAACAUUAAAUCACCCAAUGGCAGAGGUAAAUGUGCCCCCGCCCAUCCACGUAGUCCACGCUCAGCAACACCAAACUGUAAUCGUUUGAAAUGCCGCAGCCCUAGCAAGGUGCUGAGAUGUUAUCGUUCCAAAAAGAACAAUUGUCAGCUAUUGACCGCCUGUCAAUUGCAACGCGUUAAUUGUCAACGUGGCCGAUCGAAUUUGUUGAGCUGGACCGAUACUCGCCGUUGUGCUGGCAUGAAAGCUGGACAGAAAUUGCAAAAAUGUAAAGCUCUACCCAAAAGGGGUUAAGAAGUUAUAUGGAGAUGUGCAGACUGUUGUUGAGUUAUAAAACGGUUUAUAAAUCUGAUGGUGAUAUGUCAUUAGAAUAUCAAAUUUAAUUGAUUUUUUAAUCGUGUUUUAACUUAGUCUAAAGUCUGAUAAUUCUAUAAUAUCCAAUUUCCAUGUUAUAUUUUUUCCAAUUCAUAAACUUGUAAAAAUAUAUUCAAAUAAAAUUA